AACUUACCAUUCAUUUUGUGUAUUGUUUCUCAGCGUCCCUAGAUCUUGCUGAAAGAUGGCUUUAACAAAACAACAGUGCGAUGAGUUUUGGAGACUUGCUGACACUGAUCGAAACGGCUCCCUGACAAUUCAGGAAGUUAGAAACGCCUGUCGAAAGUAUGACAGAAAUCUUAAGGAUAAAGAUAUUGCAAGUAUGUUUUGUACGAUAGACGGUGACGAUAACGGCAGAAUCAGCCAAACAGAAUUCACAAAUGAAAUGUCAAACAAAACUAGACGAGCGACUUCACUUCAACAGUGCUGGCAAAAGUAUGACGUGGACAGGAACGGAACACUUUCAAGAGGUGAAGUUAUGAAAAUCAUUGAGGAAAACUUUCCGGAAAAAUCGAAGAACAGAAUCAUUGGUGAAUUUCUUGAAUUUUGUGACCUGGAUGGAAAUGGGAUAAUUACACGAAAAGAAUUUGAUGAUUUCUUUUGUGCUUAAACGAGAACUAACAUUUGAUGCUUGAUGCAAAGCAAAACUCGUCGGCAAAGUGGCAUCGACUCUUCGCUUUUACAGUUUCACUUUGUUAAAAGGUAUACCGAAUACCUAUGGCAAAUUUAUACCCAUUUUUAUAUUUUAGUGUAGUUUUGCUUUUAAAAAAUCUUCACGAGGAUUUUACUAAAUGAAACAUAUUGGAAAUUAUUUAAAAAGAACUUCUUCACAAUUGCAAUUCAAGGACAUUGGAUAUUAUUGCUGGGUGUGAAAUGAAUUAUUAUCCGAAUCGUAGAAAGACACUAAAAUUUGAUUGGUUACCAUUUUAAAAUGUUUAGUUAUAUUUUUGUUUCUGAUUAGUCCUUUUUGUCCGUUUAAUACCAUAAAUUUCCAGCACAGAGCUUUUUUAUCUCGAUUGAGCUAUAUUAUAAGAAAAUAUUUAUAUAUGAUUUGAGAUUUUUACAUUAAAAUAUAUAGUUUAUAUAUACGAUUUCUUAA